AUGGCAUCUGAUUUCAAAGCUCUCGUUUCCAUAGACAAUAUAACAAAUGAUACAUUAUCUUAUUCAGAAAAUUUUCGAUAUGCAUUUGUUAUUCAUUAUCUGAGUAUUUAUGCUCUUGUACUUAUUAUAGUUGGUACUGUUGGUAAUCUCUUAACAAUAAGUGUAUUAUUUAGACGUAAUCUUCGUCGUUUUGUAACUGUCCGUUAUUUAAUAGCUGCUAGUAUAUGUGAUAUUAUAUCAUUAUAUGGAUGGAAUUUAAAUAGUUUUUAUAAAUUUAAUAUUAGCCGUUUUAAUGGUAAUAUUGAAGAUUUAUCUCUUAUUCAUUGUCGACUUAUUUCAUUUAUGACAUUUGCUGCUUUACAAUUGUCAAGUUGGUGUCUUACAGCUGUUAGUCUUGAUCGUGCUCUUAGUCUUUUUUGGCUUCAAUGGAAACAAACAUUUGGUAGACUAAGAUAUACUAAAUAUUAUAUUAUAUUUCUAACUUUUAUUUGUAUUGCACUUAACAGUCAUGUUUUAUUUUUAAAUGGCUACCGUAAACCAUCUGGUACAAUAGUAUGUUACUCGACUCGUUCAAAUCCUUCAUAUAUUUACCCACAAUGGGAACGUGUUCAUUUAGUUCUCUAUAAUCUUUGUCCAUUUACUAUAAUGUGUAUUUGUAAUACAUAUAUUAUUUGUGUUACUGUAAGAUCAAGUCGAUCACAAGUUGUUUUGGGACCAUAUAAAAAUUAUCGAAAAGGUCUCGAAAAAUAUCGACAAUUUACUGCUUUACUUAUUAUUGUAACAUUCGCUUUCGUCAUAUUGACUCUACCAGCUUGUAUCUAUUUUGUAUUUUUCCGUCAAGUAUUUGUAUCAACAACGCAACGUAGUUAUCGAUUUAUGAUUCAAAUAUUAUUAAAUUCCAUUCAAUUUACAUCACAUGGAAUCAAUUUUUUUCUUUAUUGUUUUUCGGCAUCAAGUUUUCGUCAUGAAUUAUGUGAAAUGCUUCAAGAAUUAUUACAUAAUUGUCGUUGUAUACGUUGUUGGUAUUUUAAAACUAAUAGAAAAAAUUAUCCUAUGCGACGUUAUGAUAGAACUGAUAAGAAUGGAUCACCUUUAGAACGUCAACGAAUGAAUCAUAGUUGA